AUAAAUGACGUGUUGUUUUUGUGACGUAAUUAGAGGUCAAAAGAGAUGAAAACAAACGUGAAUUUGGUUCAGAAUUGGAAGCGUUUUGCGACCAAUUCGGCCGCUCUUCGGCCGCAGGCCUUCCCCGACGUCGCGGCCAAAGCGGUGAAGCGCGGGUCCGGCGGCCGCUCCUCUUUCAACGGACAGGUCGUGACUGUGUUCGGCGGCGGAGGCUUUUUGGGGCGAUAUGUGAUCAAUAAGUUGGCGAAGAGCGGAUCCCAAGUGAUUAUCCCAUUUCGCGGCGAUUUCUACGAAUGCUUUCAUCUGAAGACUUGCGGCGAUUUGGGACAGAUCCUCUUCCGGCACUUCCAUCUGAAGGACGCGGAAAGCGUUUACAAUUGCGUCAAAUAUUCCAACGCCGUCGUCAAUCUCAUCGGCAAAGACUCCGAGACCAAUAACUUCCGCUUCGGCGAUGUCCACGUGGACGGCGCGCGACUCAUCGCAAGGAUGGCGCGCGAGGCCGGCGUCCAGCGCGUCGUCCACGUGUCUGCGGCGAACGUGGAGCGCGAACUCGAGCCGCAGCUGUUGUGGAAAGGGAGCCAAUGGCUGCGGUCGAAGCGCGCGGGCGAGAAGGCGGUGCGCGAGGAGUUCCCGAUGGCCACUGUGAUUAGGCCCACAGAUGUGCACGGAAUGGACGACAACUGGUCGCAGUACUUCUGCUCGUGGCAGCGACGCAUGCUGUGGCGCGUGCCCCUAAUUAAUGGCGGCUUCCAGACGCAGAAGCAGCCCGUGUACGUGUCGGACGUCGCGCAGGCGCUCGUCAACGCCCUCACCGACGACGAGGCGCCCGGACAGACGUACGAGGCGUUCGGUCCGCGGCGCUACACAAUGCGCGCUCUCGUGGACUACUUGCAGCGCAUCAUCCAGAAGACGCCCGAAGACGGCUUCCACGUGUCCAACAUGCGAUGGGCGCCGCUGUUUCUGGUGCGCGUGUGGCUGAUGUCGCACCCGCAGUGGCUGCACAAGUAUCCGCACGUGUCGUUCGAGAAGCUGGAGCGCGAGGCGAUUUCGGACAUCAGGACUAAAGGCGUGAAGUCGAUCGAGGAGUUGGGCGUCGCCUUGACGACCGUGGAGGAGAAGUGGGAGUUCAACCUGAUGCACUGGAAGCGCAUGUCGUAUUACGGCGAGGAAGUGGGCGAAUUCCCCGAACUGGAAAAACCCCAACAAAUACCUAUUGUUUAGAGAAAUAAACGUUUAAUUGUUUU